UACGGUCUCCGGGAUACUGGUGUACACAGCGGCAGCGUUGCGGCCCGCAGCCAGGCGGCUGAGGAACCGUCACCGACCCGCCCCGGGGUGCUGCGUGCGCUGCCCGCUCCCGCCUGAGGAAAACUGGGCCCAUGGCACAAGGCCGGGAGCGCGACGAAGGCCCCCACUCAGCCGGCGGCUCGUCCCUAUCCGUGAGAUGGGUGCAAGGAUUCCCUAAGCAGAAUGUUCAUUUUGUCAACGACAACACCAUUUGCUACCCUUGUGGGAAUUUUGUAAUAUUUAUUAACAUUGAAACAAAGAAAAAGACUGUACUCCAGUGUAGUAAUGGAAUUGUGGGCGUCGUGGCAACUAACAUCCCCUAUGAAGUUGUGGCUUUUUCUGACCGGAAGCUGAAACCCCUCAUCUACAUAUACAGCUUUCCUGGAUUGACCAGAAGGACCAAACUGAAAGGCAACGUUCUUCUGGACUACACUUUACUUUCAUUCAGUUACUGUGGCACCUACCUGGCUAGUUACUCCUCUCUCCCAGAAUUUGAACUGGCCCUUUGGAACUGGGAAUCAAAUAUCAUUUUGUGCAAGAAAUCACAGCCUGGUAUGGAUGUGAACCAAAUGUCUUUUAACCCCAUGAACUGGCGCCAGCUGUGCUUAUCAAGCCCAAGUACAGUGAGUGUGUGGACCAUUGAAAGAAGUAACCAGGAGCAUUAUUUCAAAGCAAGGUUGGUAAAACUACCUCUAGAAGAUGGGUCAUUUUUUAAUGAAACGGAUGUAGUUUUUCCUCAGUCGUUGCCGAAAGAUCUCAUCUAUGGACCUGUGCUGCCACUGUCAGCCAUCGCUGGGCUAGUAGGUGAAGAGGCAGAGACUUUCCGGCCGAAAGAUGAUCUAUAUCCUUUGCUUCACCCGACUAUGCAUUGCUGGACUCCAACAAGUGACCUGUACAUUGGCUGUGAAGAGGGUCAUCUUUUAGUGAUUAAUGGAGACACCUUGAAGGUGACUGUGCUUAAUAAGAUAGAAGAGGAAUCACCAUUGGACAGAAGAAAUUUUAUCAGUCCAGUAACCUUGGUGUAUCAGAAGGAGGGCGUGCUGGCUUCUGGAAUUGAUGGCUUUGUGUAUUCUUUUAUUAUUAAAGAUGGAAGUUACGUGAUUGAGGAUUUUCUUGAGAUUGAAAGACCUGUAGAACAUAUGAUGUUUUCUCCAAAUUAUACAAUGUUGCUGAUUCAAACAGACAAGGGAUCUGUUUAUAUCUACACUUUGGGUGAGAAACCAAUCUUAAAUAAAGUCCUAGAUGCUUGUGAUGGAAAUUUUCAGGCAAUUGACUUUAUCACACCUGGAACCGAACACUUCAUGACACUUACACAUUCAGGGGAAGUUUGUGUUUGGUGGCUGGAGGAUUGUGCUUGUGUAAGCAAGAUUUAUCUGAAUACCCCAGCAACGGUUCUGGCUUGCUGUCCGUCCUCCUUCUCUGCAGCCGUGGGCACUGAGAGUGGCUCUGUCUACUUCAUCAGCGUCUACAAUGAGGAAACCCCUCAGGUCAUGCACAAGGCCUUUCUCUCGGAAUCUUCCGUGCAGCAUGUUGUUUAUGAUCAGCGAGGAAUAUUUCUGUUAGUUGGAACAUCAGAAGGAAAAGUCUUUGUUAUCAAUGCCAAAUCCUCAAGCUCAUUUCAGAUUAUUGGAUUCACAGAGGUGGCCAAAGACAUUGUACAGAUAUCCACAGUGUCUCUUUUAGAAACAGACAUAGUGGAAGUGAUGGUGCUUUCCUCACUUCUAGAAGCAGGAAGAAGCAGGUUGGAGAUGUUCACACUGCCUAUAUUACUGUCACAAGUUUCCACAACCUUUACUGAUGAAAGAGGAAGGCUGAAAGAUGCACUCAUUCAUAAGUACCUGUAUGAGCUGGAGCACACUCUGUCCUCUGCAGUCUUCGACUUUCAAAGUAAACAAAUAUAUGGCUUCUGUAGUCACGUGCCAUACAUCUGCAGCUACCUUCUCCCUAAAGAAGAACAUAUUGAUAUCUACAUUCUUAAACCAUACCAAAAAGUGCAAAGCAGACAGUAUGGACCUGGAAUACUCUAUUUGUCUUCACAUGGAUUGUUGCUCCUAACAAUAGCUAAAUGUGGAAUUCUGUGUAUCCGAGACGUUUAUACUUUGGAAACAUUUGCUCGGUGUCGGAGUCAUUCUCACCAGGGUCAUGGGAUUCAGUCAAUGAGAAUUUCGAUGGAUGGACAAAACAUUCUGGUGAAUGGGAGAGAUGAUGGCACCCUUGUCUACCUAAAGUGGAAGCGGUUUGGAGGACACCUAGCCAAUGACAUUCUGGACUAUUACCAGAAACUAUUAAUUUUCCUGAGCAGCACCAUGGACAAGGAGAACGAUUAUUUAAGCAGAACACCAAAAGCUUCCAUAGAUUUGGCAUCCAAUUCUGAACACACGAAACGGAAGGCAAGCACUGACUCAUCACAAGAUGAAUUAGUUUUAACUGAUGUUAAGAAGGAAAUUCCUUGGAUACAACAAAAAAGCCAAGAGGCCAUCAAAAAAGAGGUUAAUCUGUUUUCCAAGAAAAGGAAAGAGAUAAAAAAAGGAAUCAAAGCACUUUCCAAAACUAUUCUGAAUAUGAUGGAAGAAAAUGACAAACUAGAAAAUAUUGCAAAAUUAGACCAACAGGAAUUUGGCCUAGAUCUUGAGGCACUGGAAAGGCUUCAUGAGGAAAGUCAGGAAGAAGUGGCAAAGAUGAAAAAGGAUGUAGAGAUGCAUAACCUAGCCAAGAGCUAUUUGGCUGAACUUAUCAAAGAAGAGUGUUGGAAUUCAAUGGCUGUAAAAGGUCGAGCUCUUAAGUGUUUUCAUAUCCCCUGUGUGGUUGAAAACUUCCCAAUGAAAGCACGCACAGCUGAAGAGCUGAAAGAAUUGGAAAGAGUUUUACAGCAAAAGAAGAUUGAAGCAGAGUGUCUAAAACUACGGAAGGAGAUUGUAGAGGCUCAGUCUGGAGUUACAUUGGUUAAAAAGCAUCAUGAAGAGGAUGAUGAAGAAGAGGAAGAGGAAGACAAGAAAGCAGAAUAUAGCAACUUGCCCAAUUACCUGCUUGGUAGUCUGAGUACUGAUUUUGGGGUAGACACCUCUUUUUUGUCAAGCCAAUUAGAACUUCAUUCCAGAGAAGAGAAAAUCAACCAAAUUAUAUUACUGAAAGAUAUCAUUUACAAGGUAAAAACUGCUUUCAAUAAUGAGUUUGAUGCUGCAUAUAAACAAAAAGAGUUUGAAAUUGCACGUGUGAAGGAAAGAAAUGUUCGAAUUCGAGAAAUUAUUUUAGAUCUGGAAUUGGAAGAAGCAGUCUGGCAACCAGAAUUUGAAGACUGUGAGAAGCCAGAGAGAACGCUUGUUGUGCAAGAUGAGGAGAUUACAGCCAACAAAUAUGUUAAGCCGUGGCACAAAGCCAAAGCAGAAUUGCUCACGAGUCGUGAAACGGAGCACUGGCUUCUGAUACAGGGCACCAGCACAAGACUCCGAGCUCUGAUGGACAUGAUGGGAGGAGUUCUGGAAGUCAAGAAGGAAGACAUUUUGAGAAUGGUGAUUCCUCAACCUGCUUUCAUGGCAAAACCUGAUGCUGUAUGGACUGAAGAAGAAAGAAAACAAUUCAAAGAUUAUGAGAAAAAAGUAAAGGAGUUAAAUGAAGAAAGAGAUAAGUAUAGAAAGUCAUUAGAAGCAGAAUUGAAGAAACUUCAAAACUCUAUUCAGGAAAGCACACAGGCCUUUGAUGAACAUUUGAAAAGACUUUUUGAAAGGAGAGUGAAGGCAGAGAUGGUUACCAACCAGGAGGAAUUGAAAAUAAAUAAUCUUGCAUUUUCUUUACUGUUGGAUGAAGAAUUAAGCUCCAGAGAAAAAUUUCUGAACAACUACCUUACAAGGAAGCAGCAGGAGAAAAGCCAGACUUCAGAAGCUGUCCGGAAAUCUAGAGAAGACCUGGAUGUGUACAAGGAGCACUAUGACAACUUGCUGGCAGAAGACAAAGUGAGAGUCAUUGUCUUACUCACUGGACAGAUUCCCAAACAGAAAAUGCACUCAGAUACAACUCGUGUUGUCCCUUUCGGAGAACGACCAGGAUCUGGCAAGUUGAAUAAGGAUGCCUUUGCCCAGUUAAUGAAAGCCAUGGAUGAGUUGGACAAUAUUAGUAACAUGCCAGAAGGCUUGGACCCUUUGGUCUGGAAUCAUUUCUGCAUGACAAGACGAGCAAAACUGGAAAAUGAACAGAAAGUAAAGCAGAAAGCAGCUGGCUUAUUGGAAAUGGCAGCUUUCCUCCGGAAGAGAGUUGAGGAGGAUGAAAAGGUGCAACAGGAGAUUGAGAGAGUGUUCCAUGAACUCAUCCUAUUACAGGAUGAGAAAGUGAGAUUCCAGUUGAAUUUGACAAUCCAAAUUCUUCUUAAACAAGGACAAGUAGAACUGGAAAAUUUCCAGCUAGUACUGGAGUAUGCUGAUGCAAUUCUCAUCAACAAGAACAUAGUUGAAGACUUGAACUCUGUGAUUCGGACUCAAGGACAAAAGAAAAUUGCAAGCAUGAUGGAAAGUAAAGAAGUACACAAAAGAAUAUUUCAGAUUGAGUGGGAACAUAAGAAAAUGGAGAUGGAAAGGGAAGAUCUAAAUCAGAAGGCUUGGGAUAUUCAGAUGCUAUUUUUUUCAAGAGAUCGUCAAAAGUUCCUAAAUGAACCAAACUAUGAGGCUCUGAUUAGUAUUCAGAUUGGAAUAAUGGAACAAACCAUUGCUGUUUUAGAUAAGACCCACAAAAAGAAUGUGGAAAACUGCAAGAAACUACUCAAAAAACUUGGAAAGUUCAGCAAUCAAAAAGAUAUAGCAAAUUAUAACCUAAGCUGCAAUCUACGAGAAGAGUUGGUAGCUGUCUCAGAGAGAAAAGACAUCUGUAAUGCAAUGGGGUCUAAACUGACUUGUGAAAAGAUUGCCAAAGAACGGUAUGAAAACAUGAUGCAACAGCAGAAGUUAACAAAUAUUUCAAAACAACAAGCUGAACAGAUUUCAAUACUACAGACUGAAGUUGAAAGAUUAAGGAUGAAAACAUUUCCUGCUCUUGUUCAAAUGUAAAAACACUGGCAGGAAAACACAAGGCCAAAUCAAUCAUUUAAAAAAUCAUUUCAUUUGGGCAAAAUGAUUUCCUUUCCUUUUUUACUGGCAAAUUGAAGUAGCAUGUCCUCUUAGUUGCAUGUUUUAGAUUAAAAAAAAAAAAUGCUUAGUUUUAGCCUUAAUUGUAUACAAAUUUUUGUCCUGCAUGAAUAAAUGUGUAAAAUACCAUGAAUUGUUUUUAUUCAAGAAUAAACAAGACGAGAUCAGAAAGUA